UGGUUACUUUUCCCAUUUUCUGAAAUCCAAAGUUGUCCCCAGUAGAUUCCAAAGGCUUAUUGGACAUUGUGCGUUUGACCACGUUCUGGGUCGCUAACGUCACUCCCUGGCUACCCGGUCUUGUGUUCUCGAUAUUUCGGUGUUGUGCAGAGCAGAGUCUGGAACAUCUGUCAGCAGGGGAAAAGCCUGGGGGCGGGGAAUUGGGAUGUGACAUAAACCAAAGCCUGUUCUGAAAUCUCCCCAAAUGCCCUUCGUCCUCCCAUGGGACAGGGAAGGCAAAUGGCUGCAGUGAAGCCAGUUGAGGUAUGGGAUGGUCAGGGAGUUGCUGGAGGGAGAGGAGCAGUAAAUACACUGGAGUUGGGAGCUUUUGAGGGUUUGGUCUGGAGAUGGGCAGGUGGCAGGAAAUACACAGGUUGGAGAAAGCGAGGGGGACACGGGAUUAUUAAGCUACUGGGACUGGGUUACCCUGGGGCUAAAUUCUAAGAACGGACCCUUGGGGCCUGGGUGUGUGUGUGUGUAAAUUCCCUAAUUUGUGGAAAGGAAACCAACUCCUUGGACAGGGCUGGGAAAACUCCCCAGACUCCCAGUGCUGGAGCCUGACCUCACUAACCAGCGGCUGCUGUGAGAUACGAAGGGGGAACCCAGCAGUGAGGCUUAGGGGAGAUGCCCCAUCCCUUCACAGGAAGCUGCUAGCAAAGGGAAAGUUGUUGAGAGUCCUACCGGGGGCGAUUCUCAUGCACCACGCCGGAGGCUCCAUCUCCUGCAUCACCUUUUGGCUACUAGGUGUUGGGAUGGAGAAUGAGAACGAGAAGCAGAAUCCUCAGGAGGAAGAUGCUGAGCAAGUGGAAGCACACGGGGUAUCAUUGCAAAAAUCCAAAGGGAAGGUGUCCAUGAGUCGUGACCAGGGAAAUGACUAUGAGGAACAGCUUAGACCAGAGAGUCAGAAGGGAAAUAAGCCAGGGAAGAGAGGAGCUAAAUCCAUCAAUUGUUGGAAAACGCACAAAGGCUUCACUGAAACCCCAGCCCAGCAGAGAAUCCUCACGGAAGAGAGGAAAAACACAUGUACUGAGUGUGGGAAAAACUUCAGUAACCGCUCAGGCCUCAUUAACCAUGAGAGAAUCCACACAGGGGAGAGACCGUAUGAAUGCAGGGAGUGCGGGAAAAACUUCCCUCGGAGCUCACACCUUAUAAUACAUCAGAGAAUGCACACAGGAGAGCGCCCCUAUGAAUGCAGUGAGUGUGGGAAAACCUUCAGUAACCACUCAGACCUUAUUCGACAUCAGAGAACUCACACAGGUGAGCGGCCCUAUGAAUGCAGUGAGUGUCAGAAAACCUUCAGCUACCGCUUAGCCCUGAUUGAACAUCAGCGAAUCCACACGGGGGAAAGACCUUAUGAAUGCUAUGAGUGCAAGAAAACCUUCAGUUACCACUCCGAUCUGAUUAGACAUCAGAAAGCCCACACAGGAGAGAGACCUUAUGAAUGCUGUGAGUGCGGGAAAAACUUCGCUGAUAGAUCAGCCCUUAUUAAUCAUCAGAGAAUUCAUGUGGGAGAGAGACCCUAUGAAUGCCGUGAGUGUGGGAAAAGCUUCAGUUACCGCUCAGACCUUACUACGCAUCAGAGAACCCACACCGGAGAGCGACCCUAUAAAUGCAGCGAGUGCGGGAAAGGCUUCAGGCAGAGCUCACACCGCAUUCGACAUCAGAAAAUCCACACAGGAGAGAGACCUUAUAAAUGCUAUGAGUGCGGGAAAAGCUUUGCUGACAGUUCAGUCCUUAUUACGCAUCAGAGAAUCCACACGGGUGAGAGACCCUAUAAAUGCUGUGAGUGCGGAAAAACCUUUGCUGACAGCUCCGCCCUUAUUAGACAUCAGAGGAUCCAUACAGAAGAGAGACCCUAUAGAUGCACUGACUGUGGAAAAGGCUUCCAUCAGAGCUCAACUCUAACUAGCCAUCAUAGAAUCUGCAAGGGCAAUAAACACCCUGGAAACCUUCUCUAGGGCUGACAAAAUAUAUUUUUUGCCUAAUUCCCACUUAGUGGCCAUUGGCACCAUUUGAUUCACUGUGUUCCCUGAACUAUCCCAGAUUUACCUGCUUUUGCCUUUUGCAGCUCAACCUUUGGGGUUAAUCCCAUGGUCCUUUCUUUCAGCCCCUUUUUCCUAAGAGUAAGCCCCUUCGUUUUCAGUUUAAACCAAUUUUUACCGAAAAAAUCUUGGGUUCUACAAAAAGAAUUAUUUGUUUUUUUCUUCUGAUUUUCGCCCUACUUUUGUAUCAUUCAAAUGUAUAAAAAAUAACUUGUUUUAUUAGGGAAAUACAAGGCAUGGUGUGAGCUAGAUGUAUUACGAUAAUACAUGAGCCUGUGUGUAUAUGCAAAGCUGCCUGGUGAAGUAAGGCUCUGUAUUCGUCUAGAAGAUACACACAACAAACAAACAGGUGCGCGCACACAAACUCUGAAGUGCGCACGCAUCUGAACAUACAGAUGAAUCUCACGCCCAUCACGUACACAUUUCAAGCUGUUAGCAGAUGAUGGUGUAAAGAUCUGACACACUAAAAUUGGAAGAAAAUGAAAGUCUGCGUCAGAAUAUGUUUCAGGACCCAAGUACGUAUUCAAAUAUUUAAAAAAAACAGAAACAGGAG